AUGAAGUUUAACCAGUCUUUGAAAUUCAAUAUCGUUCCUGAGUGGUCAGACCACUAUUUGGCCUAUGACCACUUGAAAAAAAUCAUCUAUGGGUUGCAGAAGAAACAGCUCGACUUGGACAUCGAGUUCAAACUCAACCCCACCACCGUAUCGGACCUCUUGGACCAACUCGGCCUGGAUCUUUCCAAAACCAGUUCUCGGACAUCCACCACCAGUCUCACCCGCACUGAGAUUCAUGAGGACUCUACCAGUGAAUUUAAACGGUUUAAAACGGGGGCAUCGACAGCUGACGCCGAGAACACCGAACCCCACGACGACCGGUCUGCUAGCAACGACAUCGCCAGUUGUUUACGGAAAUUGGAGGCCGCUACCAAGAAAAAAACUUUCAACCCAUUGUUGGAAUUUGCCAAGCAGUUGUUGAUGGAGUUGGAAAAAAUCGACCAGUUCUACGCGCAGAUUUACCAGGAGAUCAAUGGGGAGUACAACUACCUCAUCAAGGAUUUGCUCACGUUGAAUGAGGCGCAUAUUUUCAAUUAUAUCGAGUCAGAGGAGAAAGAAGGAGCCACAAAGCUCAGCAGAACCACCAGCCAUUUCACCAUUGCUGAGGACCAAGCUGAGGUGGACUCGUCGGACGACGAUGCGGACUACGAGCACAACGAGUCGACAGCUUUGGUCAACCCCAAGAACUUUAAUGUUCGGUUACAGAAACUUGUGACGUUGAAACAAAGUAACAAGUCGGUGUUCAUCAAGAUGAAUGAGUUGAAGUCAUUUAUCGAGUUGAAUAAAAUCGGGUUUGCCAAGAUCACCAAGAAAUUUGAUAAGAACUUGAACUACGACAUCAAGGACGACUUUAUCACCAACUUUCUCGUACAGAAUUCGGUUAUUUUCAAUGACACCAGUUUGAUCCGGCUUAACCAACGGAUCGACCGUAUUGUCAACUCGUUCACGUUCAUCUCCCACCGCUUGGACCCUUCCAAGUCAAUAGAGUCGAUUCGGUUCGAGCUCAACUCCUACUUGCGCGACCAUAUCAUCUGGGAGAGAAACACCGUAUGGAAGGACUUGUUGAGUUUACAGACCAAGAGACAGGACUUCCACUUGAACUCCGACGACUUGUUGGACUUGAGCAUGAAAAAGUACACGGUCCUUGGAGUGGGCUUUAGUCUCCCCCGGUUUUUGGUGAGUUGGCAGACGUUUAAGAUUCUUUUGGCGGUGGUGGCUUUUGUGGUGUUUAUGGCCGUCAAGACUUUCAAUGACCCGGUUGAGGGAAGAGCUUUGGCGGUCUUGAUCACCUGUGCGAUUUUAUGGGCCACUGAGGCCAUUCCGUUAUUUGCAACCGCCAUGUUGGUGCCAUUAUUGGUGGUGACUUGCAAAAUCUUGCGGAACGACGACAACAGUGUUAUGGACGCCUCGGACGCGGCAAAGCUUAUCUUGAGCGACAUGUGGACGUCGGUGAUCAUGAUUUUGGUGGGCGGGUUUGCGUUAGCAGCCGCGUUGUCCAAGUAUAAUAUUGCCAAGAUCCUCAGCUCGUGGAUCUUGUCGUUGGUGGGGACCAAACCCAGAAACAUCUUGUUGACGAUCAUGAUGGUGUCAUUGUUCUUGUCGAUGUGGAUCUCGAACGUGGCUACUCCCGUGUUGUGUUAUUCAUUGAUCCAGCCGGUGUUGAAAACCCUCCCCACCGACUCUCCAUUUGCCCAGGCGUUGAUCUUGGGAAUUGCGUUUGCUUCCAAUAUUGGGGGCAUGGCCUCGCCUAUCUCGUCUCCACAGAACGUGGUGGCCAUUGAGUCGAUGAGUCCCAAUCCCGGUUGGGGAAACUGGUUCGCCAUUGCGCUUCCAGUGUCGAUCAUCGCCGUUGUGGCCAUUUGGCUCGAGUUGAUUUUGACCUUUAAGGUCAGCACCUCCAAUGUCAAGCCCUUCAAGCCCAUCAAGGAUAAAUGGACUGUUAAGCAGAUGGUGGUGCUUGCAAUCACUUUGGCAACGAUUUUGUUGUGGUGUGUGUUGACGAAGAUCGAAGACACUUUUGGAGCCUCGGGGAUUAUUGCUGUGAUCCCAAUUGUAUUGUUCUUUGGAAGUGGAUUAUUGAAAACUGCCGACUUGAACAACUUCCCCUGGUCGAUUGUGAUUUUGGCCAUGGGUGGGUUGGCCUUGGGUAGUGGAAUCUCGUCGUCGGGUUUAUUGAGUACGAUUGCUCAGGCUUUGCAGAAGAGAGUUGAGCACUACGAUGUGUGGGUGAUUAUGAUCAUUUUCGGGAUUUUGAUUUUGGUCAUUGCUACCUUUGUUUCACACACGGUGGCUGCCUUGAUUAUUGUACCAUUGGUGAAGGAAGUGGGAGAAAAGCUUCCUGGGGACCAUUCCAACUUGUUGGUUAUGGGUAUUGCUUUAUUGGCAUCGGCAGCCAUGGGAUUACCCACGUCGGGAUUCCCCAACGUCACGGCUAUUUCUAUGACGGACGAGUUGGGCAAACGGUACUUGACGGUCAACACCUUUAUUACAAGAGGAGUACCCGCCAGUUUUAUUGCAUAUAUCAUUGUCAUUACCAUUGGUUAUGGUAUUAUGAACGCUCUCAAGUUUUAG